CCAUCGUAUCUUAGAACGAGAGAAAAAGGGAAAAGAAGAAGAAGAAGAGAAGAGAGAGAAAGAGAGAGAGAAAUCCUCUUUACCUUCUCUCGCUCUCACCUCUCAGAUGGCGUCUAUGGCCGAAGAUGGCGAUGUGGACAUUGAGGAGGCGAUGCUGUGGCUUCCCGCUGACGUUCUUGACGAGCCCUGCGAAUCAAAGGAAACUUUGCGCCACCACCACCACCACUAUCAAAAUCAUCAACAUCAUCUAAACACCUACGCCGGCACUGUUACUCGGCACCAAUUGUCAAAAUGGCAUCACAGACCACCAAAGUACCCACUGAACCGGGCAUCUGGAGGACCGGGAAUGCAAGCCAUAUUUCUAGACUCCAGCCAAAGAUCAUGCGGCACAGGGGUUUUCCUCCCUAGGCGGGCUGGUACCAACUUCCAACCAAGCAAGAAACCAGCUUGUUCCCCUGUGCUUCUCCCUUCUCGUGUCGUUCAAUCUCUCAACCUCAAUGUUCAUGCACUGGGUUGUUCCCAAACAACACCUCAACGAGAAGUAAACAAUAAUCUAUACAAUGGAAAGAGUCGGUAUUCAGUCAGUAAAAGAAAUGGCAACGACGUUACUGAUGGCGUAUCACCUCAUCAGUGCUGUGUCUUCCCACAGUCUCGCAGCUCUUCGCCAGAGAUAUUUCUUCCAAAGGAAUGGAGCUACUAGCUCAAACGGGGGGAUUGAUUAAUGGCGUUGCACUUGCAGCGUACAGAGAACAAAUAAGAAAGAAAAAGAUGUCUCCUGUUCUGAUAAUGUAAUUACUGAUUCAGUAAUAAUAGCAAACGUUUCAGUUCCA